AGUAUCUUGGCUCACUCAUGCAUGCUUCGAUCACGCUAUCAAGCCAAGCAGUUCGACUAGCACGUCAGCUCCGGAAAGAGAAAAGAGCCAUACAAAAAGCCAAGGAGGCAGUCGCCAUUGCCAAACCCAGACAACGACGCCUCCUUGUCCUUGCAGGCUCGGGCUCUUCCACUCAUCACUCACUCGCUCGCUCUCCUACGGAAGAGAUCGGGAGCCAUGACGCACCGGAGCAACCACACCGCCGCCUCGCCCCCGGCGAACAACGCCACGGCCCCGUCUCCCCGGAGGCCGCCGGCGCCGCUGCCUCCAUCCCCCGGCGACGCCGCGUGGGGCCCCUACGGCAGCUCCCGGGCGUUCCUCUCGAACGUGGCCACCAUCCUCAUCAUCCUCGCCUGCGUCUCCCUCCUCGCCUUCUCCCUCCACGCCGCCGCCCGCUGCCUCCUCCGCCUCCUCGACCGCCGCCGCGCGCGGCCGCGGGCGCCCAAGCCCGUGCCCGCCGCCGACGCCGGUUGGUCCGCGGAGGCCGGCGGGGCCGGGGUUCAGCUGGCCGGCGGAUGGGCCGACGCGGAGUGCGCCAUCUGCCUCUCGGAGCUGGCUGUGGACGGCGAGCGCGUCCGCGUGCUCCCGGCGUGCGGCCACGGCUUCCACGGCGCCUGCGUGGACGGCUGGCUCGCGGCGCGCGCGUCCUGCCCCACCUGCCGCGCGCCGUCCCGCCUGGAGCCCUAGCCGGCACGGUGGCCCUGUCGCCUCCGGCGCUGGAUCCAUGGCACCGGCAAGAAGUGUAGUGGCACCAACUGCGCGCAGUCGUACAUCGGCUCCGUCGCGUGAAAUGCGUGAUUCUUAAUCGAGGACGUACUUGUACUC